AUUCACCGGACUACCAGCCCACCACACACACACCAAACAUGAAGGCCUUUAUUGUGUUCGCCUGCCUGGCUGUAGCGACGGCGCGUGCCGGUAUCGCGCACGGCCCUGUCAUCUCCUAUGGUGGUCACGGAGGUGGCUACGGAGGUGGCUACGGAGGUGGUGUCGCGGUUAGCGGAGGCCACGGAGGCGCUGGACUGAGCGGUGGAUUGGCAGCUGGUGCUGGAACCGCAGCAUCCCUCCAGGGUGGAGCAUCGAGCUUGGGAUCCGGUGGUCUUGGCGCUAGCUACGCCGCAGGAGCAGCGGCGGCAGCCGGUGCUGCAGGAGUUCAGCAAAUUGUCUCCGGAGGAGUCACCGGUGGAAGAUCAGACGUUGGACCCGCGGAAGGACCCAAGGCCAACGUAGGACCCCAGAGCGGACCAUCUGACUUGGUCGGACCCCAGGAAGGCGCAAAGUCCAUUGGUGGACCCCGUACCGGACCAACCUCCCUCGUCGGACCUGCCGCUGGACCUUCCACCCUCGUAGGACCAUCCCAGGGAACUGCCACCCUCGUAGGACCAUCUCAGGCUACCGCUAACCUCGUCGGACCCAGCUACGGUGGAGUCGCUUUCUACGCCGGAUCCGGUGGAAUCAACGGUGACGACGGAAGCUCCGGCUCUGCCGCCGCUGCCGCUCCUGGUGGACUUGGAGGUGGCGCUGCCAUCGCCGCUGGAGGUGCAGGUAUCGCUCUCGGAGGUGGUCUCGUUGGAGGUGGUCUUGGCGGAUACGGCGGACCCGGCGCCAUUGCCGUCAUUGGCGGUGGACCCGGUAUCGCCGGUGGAAUCGGCGGCCACGACGCCGGCGUCGCCGUGAUCAACGGACCUUCCGGUGCCAUCCACGCCGGUCUCGGCUCCCACGGAGCCAUCAUCCCCGCACCCAUUGGCAAGUGGUAGACGAUCUAGACCACGCGAUCUCGGCUCGGCGGCGGCGGCAUACCUACCACAGUUAUCUACCGGUUCAUCCACUUUCCGCUCUCACUCUCACUCUCACUCUCUCUUACUCAAUCUUCGAAUUUCCUUUUUCUUUUAUACUCUCCCCUUGUACUCGCCACACUCUCGCCCCACCAUCUGCAUCUGUCACGCGCUCAAACGUCCCCCGCCAUCAUCGACCACAAGCGUCCGACCAUCGGGAGGAAAGCCACGUGGUCAGCGACGGAACUUGCAAGGAGCAACGGCGCUCGCGGAGAGUUACGGGAGUAUCGAGAUUGUGAAGAAAUCGGCGCUUCGACGAAAAGAACUGAGUAGCUUUGGAAACAGAGACGACGGCAAGCGGAAGUCAAGCCAACGGAAGCAGUGAGCGCGAGUGAAGUAAAGGUCCUAGGGGGUCGAGAGUCUAGGGGGGCCCGAGGAGAAUCGGGGACUGCAAGGGACUGCAUUCUGGAUUAUUACGAGAGGAUAGCUUCGUUCCUUAGCAACGGGUUGAGCAUCGUUCGAAAGAGGAUCCAGCAUCUUCUCACUGACCAGUGACGACAAGAACCCCGGGAUGGGUCCACUCGCGACAUGACGAAAUCGGUAACGUACGAAAACAAAAAAAGAAAAUCGGAUAAAACCAGAGACGAGGAUGAGGAUUGAUCGCAGGGGGCUUGAAACAGACCCCUCCUGCCUGACCGUUAAAUGAUCCAUCAAUUUCAACUCGUUGAAAAGCCCAAGCCCAUCCGGCCACUGGAUGUAUCAGAAGCUCCCUCGAAGGAGCUUUCGAAAAAAAAAGGAACCGGGAACAUUCUAGAACGCGUUCUGUUUUCUGAACGAUUCUCGGCGUCUCUCGUUUUAUUUUUCCACGGUCAAACCGGAAAUCCAUUUUCCUUUCGUACCGCCCUAAAAUCAUGAGCGAUAACCUUCUGAGCCGUGGCAAAAUACGUUUUCGGAAUAUCGAACUUCCUCUCUGUAUAUUCGACAUCUCGAUUUAUCCAGACUCUCUCGAAUUCUCUUGAACUCUCUCCAUCCCUCUCUCUCUCUCUCUCUCUCCCUCCCUCACUCUCUCUCUCUCUCUCUAGCCGAAAUUCUCACUCCCUCAUUCUCUUUCACGCUUGAUCUCUCCUGUCACUCUUUCUGUCUAUCUCUCUCUUUCGCCUCCCCCCGCCCCCCCCCCUACUCACGAUGGGGAAUAACCAUGUACGUCAUCGUAUAUAGUCCAUUCCUCACAGUUGUUAUACUCACUGCCGGCACUCGAGCAUACAUAUUAUUACAUACUCGUUUUCCACACGUAUUAUGCAAAUAUGUAUUAUGCAUAGAUAUAUGUGUUUAUACGUGUAUAUAUAUGGACAGACGCAAAGACGCAUAUAUACACGUAUAUACCGUACGAUUACAAAGAACCAACACGAUACAUAGGCGCGCAUAUAUAGGGUGUAUAGUUACGUAACAUAAAUAUUUCGUAUUAUUAUGUACCGCAUAUGUGUACUCGUCCGUAUAUCUCUUCGGUAUCUAUACUUUUUGUAUCGGGAGAGAUCUAUAUAUACAUACAUAUAGCAUGUUAACGUUAUAUAUCGCGUUAAAUCGGUGGACUAUGGUAGGUCAGCCGUUAACCGUGACUCCCGUGACUCCAGUGACCUCUCGUGAGUAAAUCUAAUGUACAUAGAUGGCGCGCCGCCGCCGGCCUUUGACCCCGCCCUCGUCAUACCCUCUUCUUUCUUUCUUUGCGAUCACGACUAGCACCCCACCACCACCAUAGAUAGAUACCACGUAUUUAUAGCGUUUAUACAUUUAUACAAUACUUUAUAUAAAAUAAAGCAUCAGUAUUUAAAACUCAA